GAUCGCAUCAAUGGACAGAAUAUGGAAUAGUCGAGAAGCAUCAGAAACUAUAAAAUUAUUAUACAAGGGCUUUGGCCGAAUUUGAGCCUCGUCUGCUACCACGGCAUAGAAAAGGACACCGACCGUCGAGUACACCGAAUACCAACGAAGGGAAUCCGAAGGAAAGUCCGAAAGUAAAGAAUCGGGAGCGCAGAGGAAAGGAAGAUAGUAUUCGGGGUUGUAUUGGAGUGUAUUGCCGGCACCGGCACUAGACAGAAGUAGAAGCCAAAAGGGUAACGGAAGAUACGACGGCGUCGACGACCUGUAGAAGACGACACCGACGACACCUGCUUCAUCGAAAAAACGAGAGGCCGGAGAGACACGGUGACGGCGGGGGCGGCCAUACUCAAACAACCGCCGAGCGAAGUGCGCGGCACAACGCAGGAAUCGGACGAUAAUAAAGCCGCGUUAUACUCGUUCGCGGACGGUCUGGGGAUCGAGGUGUAACGGGCGCGGGUGCCUCCAUUGGUACGCGAACGAAAGAAUUUACGAGGGCAAGUGAAAACGGAAGUUGUGGAAAGUGCAAAAAGAAAGAGGAAAGCGGCCCGAGGAAUCGAGGCGCAGGGAACGGUAUGAGUGCGAAGACGGACGUGAACAGGCGGGUCCUAGCGAUUCAGGCCAAGAAAAAAAGGCACAAGCCGAGCAAGCGGAAAGGAAAGGGAAAUUCUCAAGGUGAUUCAGAGACACCAGGAGCUCAAUGCUCCAAGACGCCAGCCGCUCGACAAGCGCAAGGAUCGGAUUUCUACCUGGGAAACAGACUGGAACCAUGCCAUAGCUCAAGUAAUGAAACAAUAGAAGACGUCGACGAGGUAUACAUUAGCGAAGAUGAAGAGCAAGAGGAUAGCAGCGAUUAUUGCAAAGGAGGGUAUCAUCCCGUCAAAAUAGGGGAUUUAUUCCUAAAUCGUUAUCAUGUAACUCGUAAACUUGGCUGGGGCCAUUUUUCGACAGUGUGGCUCUGCUGGGACUUACAAGAUAAACGAUUUGUGGCACUUAAAGUGGUGAAAUCUGCAACCCAUUUUACCGAAACUGCAUUGGAUGAAAUUAAAUUAUUGAAAGAUGUGCGCGAUACAGAUCCCACUGAUCCUAAGCGCAAUAAAACCGUCCAAUUGCUCAAUGAUUUCAAGAUCAGUGGCGUUAAUGGUUUGCAUGUUUGCAUGGUAUUUGAAGUGCUAGGAGAUAAUCUUCUUAAAUUAAUCAUCAAAUCCAACUAUAGAGGAAUUCCAAGGAACAAUGUUAAACGUAUCAUCCGACAAGUUCUCGAAGGUCUUGAUUACCUUCAUAAUAAAUGUAAAAUUAUUCAUACAGACAUAAAACCUGAGAAUGUUCUUAUUUGCGUUGACGAAGCUUACAUACGAAAAUUAGCUUGCCAAGCUACAGAGUUGCAUUCUCUUGGAAUGAAAUUGCCAGUAUCGUUAAUUUCAACUGCACCAAAGGAAUUCCAAGAACCCACUCCUAACUCUAAAAUGUCAAAGAAUAAAAAGAAAAAGCUGAAAAAGAAAGCCAAACGUCAGAAUGAACUGCUGAAAAAACAAAUGGAACAAAUCGAAGAACUAGAGGAGCAAAAUAAACUUGCAAAUAGCACAAGAGAAAACGGUGAAAUAGAAACAAAUAGUCCAGAUCAAGACGUAAAUACGGAAAGUAUAGAAGAUAAUACCGAAAGCAAGGGAUCGCCCAAUAUCUCGGAACCAUCUGUACCUUCAUUGCACAUAAAUGGCGUGGAUAGUCUAGCGGGUGGAGAAAAAGUAGAGAAUCAAUUACCCUCCCAACCUGAAAAAAUGGACAAUGCAAACAUGUGCGACAUAGAAAAAAGUUGGGGUGAAGAAUUAUUACCGCCCUAUGAAGAAGAUACAGAUGAAUGUAGCGAAGCACCUAAUUUACAACCACCUGAAAGUAAACAAUUGAAACGAGCAUCCGUAGCUCCCUUAGAUCCUGCCAUAGUGGAAUGUGAUGUUGAAGUGAAAAUAGCAGAUCUCGGUAAUGCUUGUUGGGUCCAUAAUAAAUUCACUGAUGAUAUUCAAACUCGUCAAUAUAGAUCGUUAGAGGUGUUACUACGAUCAGGAUACGAUACUUCCGCGGAUAUAUGGUCCACUGCCUGUAUGGCAUUCGAAUUGGCAACCGGUGAUUAUCUUUUUGAACCGCAUAGCGGUAAAGAUUAUUGCAGAAACGAAGAUCAUUUAGCACACAUUAUCGAAUUGCUCGGAGAAAUACCAAGACGGGUUGCUUUUUCUGGCAAAAAAUCAAAACUGUACUUCAAUAAGAAAGUAGAGUUAAAACACAUAACUGGAUUGAAACCGUGGGGACUGUACGAGGUGCUUACAGAAAAAUAUGAUUGGUCAUCAAGAGAAGCGCGCGAGUUUGAAGAGUUCUUAACUCCGAUGCUCGAAUUUGACCCGACUAUGCGCGCUACAGCAGCAGACUGCCUGAAGCAUCCGUGGCUGCAAAUCAAAAAGUGAUCGUGUUUUUUAUCGUUUUAUCUUUAAAUUUUCCAACUCUAAACUUUUACCAUCCUGAUAUAAUCAUAAGUCGAGAGUGUAACAAGAAGCAACAACCUGCAGGUGUCAGGUUCUUUCAUAUUAUAUACAAUAUUUUAUUUCCAUAUUACGCAUUGUUAUUUGUAAAAUAGGCACGAUAAAAUUAUUUAAUAUUUAAUAAACAUAAGUCAAUUGUAAUAUAUAUACAUUUUUAUAGAAUACGAAAUUAUUAAAAACGUAUAUUAUAAAAUUUCACGAUUCAGACAAGUUUCUUUUAUCUUUUUAACUGAUGAUAAUUUGACAAUCGUCAUUUACGUCCGAAUUGUUACGUGUAAUUUCAAGUGACGAGAAAGAACCAUAAUAUUUGCGAUUCAAUGAAAAAGAGCUUGCUACAUUCCGCUAAAUUCCGUAUGCAGUUGGGUACGCUUCUGGUUGUAACACUCUCGACAGUGGCUGCCUAUUUGUGUAUUUAUAAAUUUGUUAAAUCAUGUUUUUCAUUUACUAAUGAUAUCUUAAAUUAAAAUUUCGUAGUACUUUAUUA